AUGACGACUAAGAAGGAGAGCUCAUCACCUGCACAGGAGCUGCAGACGACGCUGACGGACCCUCGCUACUUGCGUGGUGUGUCUCUACUCAAGAAUAAGCGUCUGGAGGAGGCAGUGGUGGUUUUUGAGGAUUUAUUGCGUACAUUGUGUGACGUGGAGGGCAAGAGUGAUUCAUUGGCUGUAGCUCCUAUCUAUUACGAAUAUGGUCAUGCUCUAUUGUGUCUUACUGAGGCCAGUGCAAGUCUAUUUGGUGGUGCAGUUGAAGAUGCUGGAGUUAGUGGAGAGAAAGACGGGGAAAAGGACACUAAGGACUCGUCGGAUGACUUGGAAACGGCUUGGGAGGUCAUGGAACUAGCGCGUGUCAUUUACUUGCGCUAUCCAGAGGACCAAGCAGUCGAAAUGCAGCUGGUUAGAGUGUAUACGAGACUAGGAGACUUGGGUCUUGAAUGUGACCAGUAUGAGCAGGCUAAGGCAGAUUUUGAGAAGGCUCUGCUACUGCGGAGGAAGCUGCUGAAGGCCACAAAUGCUGAGGACACGACUCAAUUGGCUGAUUUGUAUUGUCAGUUGGCUAUUGCAUGUAUCUACAGAGACUCAACACAGGACAAGGAACAGGACAAGGAACAGGACAAGGAACAGGACAAGGAACAGGAGCAGGAGAUAGAGGAAGUUCCGAACGAGGAACUUUUCUACUACGUCAUGGCUGGACGAGUCAUGGCAGAUAAUAUCCAUCGGGUGGCGAGAAAAUGUGAAGACAAGGUGCAGGUAUUUGUAACGAAUCGUGUCCCCAAGUACUCGAUUGAGGGAGAUCGUGGUGUAGAGCUUAAGGGCAAAGGCAAGAGGAAAGACUUGUCGAGCACAGGAGAUUCGACGCUCACGUUGCAAUUUAAUGGAGAACGUCCCGAGGCCCUUCGUGAGGAGUAUUUGACUUGUCUCGACGUCAAGGAGGAACAGAAAGACACACUGAAAGCGGACGAGAAGACUCUGCUGGAGUACCUGGAGAUUUACUUGGAACUAAAGGAGAAGGUGGACAGCAUUAUAGAGACUGUCAAGAACGCUGUUUCAAAGAUGGACAAGGGAACGGACGAAGCGGUGACAACUGUUGGAUUCAGUCAGACCGAGACAUCAGAUGAUGCUGGUGCCCCAGUAGUGAACGUGAUUUCGGUGAAGAAGCGGAAGAUAGAAGCACCUGCAGCCAAGUCAGAGACCCUGGCACCUGCUAAUAGCAAAUGA